AUGGCACUUUAUGCGUUGUUGGCCUUGUUUUAUGUAGCUUGCAGAGAUUUACUUCAGCCAUUCAAUCCUGUUCCGAACUUCAUCAUAAUCAAAUAUGUAGUAUUUCUUACAUACUGGCAGUGUGAUGUAGUGGACAUUUCAGAUGAUGAGGAUUCCUUUUUGCUGGAAAAUGAUGCUGGAGUUAUACCCAAGGAUGAGAAUUUGAAUUAUGAUUUACCACCGCCGAAAACAUUCUCAAUGCCAAGGGAGGAGGAUGGCGCAAGCUCGUCGGGGACUAAUUUAAGAUCAUCGUUCAUUGGAAUGGGGUUUGCACCAGCUCUCGUCGACAAAGCAAUCAAGGAAAAGGAUGAAGAAAACAGCGAACUGAUACUGGAAGCUCUUUUUUCAUAUGAUGUAAGUGUUAAUCCUCGCAAGAUAAAAGUGAUAAACUACCAUAUUUUCAUACUUCUGGAUUUUGGGUUAACAUGACACACAAGUUUGUCUUUCACCAUGCCAUAUGUAAUUUUCCUUUGAAUUAGACUGUUGCCCAUUUAAACUCAAUCAUUUGACUUUUUAUCCUUACAUCUAUCAUGUUGAUAAGUUAUGACUGACUGCUGGUAUUUCUAUGAAAGACUUCUUUCCUUUUGCAGCUUAUAAUGCUUGAAUUAGACAUGUUUUUCCCAAUUGAAGUUAGCCUUUUCCUUUGACUAGGAUGCUGAAUUGUGCCAUGCAUAUCAACACAGAAUUUAGCCUUUUUUGUUUAACUCUGCGUAUGAAGUUAUGAUGUCCAUCCCUAA